AUGAGUCACAUCAGAUUAACUCAAGUUUUAAUUCAUAAUAAUCCCUCAACCUUUCUUUCACCGCUCAUAUUUGAUAUAUCAUUUGAGUGUGUUAGUCCUAUUAAAGAUGAUUUGGAAUGGAAGGUAGUUUAUGUUGGAUCUGCCGACAGUGAAAAGAAUGAUCAACAAUUGGAUAGUAUUUUAUUGGGUCCUGUUACUGUUGGCAACAACCAAUUCGUAUUUGAAGUGGACCCACCUGAUCACACUCGCAUUCCAAAGGAUGAUUUGUUGGGUGUCACCGUGGUAUUCCUUGUAUGCGCAUACAAAGGAGAAGAUUUCAUUAGAGUUGGUUAUUAUGUUAGUAAUGAAUAUGAAGAUCAAGAAAUGAGAGAUAAUCCACCUGAAACACCUGACCUAUCAAAAAUGUCUAGAAAUAUAUUGGCAGAGAAACCAGUUGUCACAUCUUUUCCAAUUCAAUGGGAUUAA